ACACACAGAGACACACACACACACACACACAGAGACACACACACACAGUUAAGCAGAGACCAAAGCCAAUUGCAGAAAAGCCGCAGAAGAGAGGAAAUGAGACUUCAUGUUUUUACAAGAGAAAUAACUGACAGAGCCGGAGCCGCUCAGGGAAUGAGAUGAAGGUUCCGGCCAUUUACACUGCACAAUGGGCCCUUGUUACUGUUCUGUCCACUCUCAGAGGUAUCCGAUGCCUCACCGGCCCAGCCAGUCCUGUUCCAGUCCGUUCCAGGGAGUCCCUGACAGUCAGGUGUAGUUAUCAGACCGGGUUUGAGAGCCAUAAAAAGUACUGGUGCAAAGGGGGGUUCUGGAAGAACUGUGAUAUUGUGAUUACAACUUCAGGAACAGAGGGAGAUACCACAAGUGGAAGGUUCACCAUCAGAGAUGAACAGACCCAACGGACCUUCUCUGUGACCAUGACAGGGGUGACCCAAGAGGAUGAGGACACGUAUUUCUGUGGAGUGGAACGUUUCUGGACGGCAGAUGAUAUGUAUGAAAUUAAAGUGACAGUCCUUCCAGGUGUUUGCAGGAGGGAAGCUCCAUGGACAGAUGUACUGGACUUUCCAGAAACCUUUCAGGAGCUGAGCGUGGGUGAAUCCAUUGGUGUUUCCUGCAGGGAACAGUAUGAGAAGAAGACAUUGAUGCUACAGUGCAAGGAGGAGGCUGGGAACAUACAUUUUUUCCCACGGGAUUUACUGACCAGUUGUAAAGAGAAAUGCAGGAGGGUGGGAAUCCUUUCCCCAAAUAUAACUCUGUUCCCCGACCAGGAAUAUUAUGGCCCCGGAGAGGAGGUCACAGUCAGGUGCCCAGAAGGGUCUGAGCCCAACGUCAGGGUCCUACAGUGUGUGCCGGAGGCCACGGGAAACAGGUGGAACACGACACGCGUGUUCUGCUCACAAACCAGUUUUACCUUGGGCCCCUCACAUGUCAUCAACCAGACUGAGAUCCACCCGUGGGACCCGUGGGAUUUAUAUAUGGGACCCACAUUCGGACUCGUGAUCCCCAUUUCCCUGAAGCUCCUGGGACUGCUGAGUUUUCUCUGCUGGAAAGGGAUUUCUACUCUGAGCGGAAAAUAUUGCAAAUCCAGUAAAGCCCCCACGGAACCCCACACGGAACCCCACGCGAUAUCAGGAUGUAAGGAAAGCAACGUGUAUCACCAGGAUGAUAAAAGGGAAAAUAAGAGAAUAUUCUCAGAGAGAGAGGAAGAGCUCUAUGAAAAUCUCCAUCACUGUAUCCCUGGGAAGUGAGGAUCAGGGGAGGAGCUCAGAAGACUCUGCUACGCGGCUGUUUGUGGGAUUAGUCGCCAUUAGAGUUAUUACCGUACAGUUACCCUCUCACCCCUUUAAAGGAGGCCCCUUACUGAAUACACACGGUGCCAGUUGGAUGCAGGGACCAAGGGUUUAUGAGCAGUCAGGCACCUAACAUAUAUACAGUGUGUGUAUUCAAUAAGUGCCCUACAUUAUAGGGGUGAGACGGUAACUCUAUAAAACCAAAGGAAAAUGCAAUAUAGAAAAAAAAUCAUUCUUUUAUUAUUUAUUAUAGUUCAAUAUAAAGGUAUAUAACAUAUAAAUAAAUCCUGCCCCCCCCCCAUAUAAACAAUAAAACAGACGGGGCACAUUGGGUCUGUAUUUAUCUACAGUUAUUGUUGUAGGGAGCGUGUGGGGCAAAACCUGUAUUGUGUUUAUUAGCAAUCUUACAGGCAUUUAAUAUAGAAAAUGUUGGUUAAAUGACAAAGUCUACACAAGAGAACAAACAGUAAUUGUAUUGCAGAUUACAUAGUUACAUAGUUACAUAGGAUUGGAAAAAGACCAGAGUCCAUCAAGUUCAACCCAUCCAAGUAAACCCAGCACACCUAACCCACACCUACCAAUCUAUACAAUUAAUUAAUUAAUUGCGUUUAAUGUUGAAUAUAAAUUGUUUUUUUUGGUUGCGCCUUGUUCAUUGGACACAGCAAUAAAUAUUCUGUAUUUUUGUAUAAAA